AUGUCUUUGUUCCCGUUUCCUUGGAACCAGCACACCUCACUCAAAGUUAGUCAAGACGAGGUAUCAGAAGGAGAUACUUCCAGCGGCACAGACUCUCAAUCCAUCAUCACAGCAACGACCCCUGUCGCGUCCACAACGGCACCUACCCUUGAGGUCAAGCACGUUGACUAUUACUGCAGCACUCAGACGCGGCAAUGGGCAUAUCGCGACACGAGUUUGCUAUCGCGCCCCGCAACGAUUCCACCAGAUAAUGACCCGUGGCGUUCGUUCUGCUUCGUGGUAAUUCGUACGAUUCCUAUCAAACACGGAGCGGAGCCGACAUUCCAUAUUGUCGUCAAAAGCCCUGUGCUUCGGGCAAUCUGCAGGGAUGUCAUGCAAUUUAUAAAGGGUGUGUCGUGGUCCGACGAGCCUCUGCAGCUAUCUCCAGAUCUGUUCAUUACAUUUUACCCCAAGCUGCUCGAGUAUCGAGCUGGGCUGAGCAGCGACCAUCCGUCGGAGGCGGACAACAUCGCGUGCGCGACAGUCGAUUCCGUUUUCAACUACUUGCGUGCCGACCACGGCAGCACCCUCGGGCGCAUUGCUAACCUAACUGCACACGACGAGAUCACGUUUGACCUCCUGUAUGCUAUAUUCGUCCCGAAGAGUAUCCUCAUCAUCAAGUGUCCCAUCUCGGGCCAUGCGCACGCCGUGCAGCUUGAGUCCGUGCAACGCGGGAUCUCGUACAUUCUGACCUAUCGCUACAUAGAAUCCAUGCACUCGAUUCGCCUCAACUCUGUCAAGAAAGGUGUCGCCGGCACUCAGGAUGGACUGGUGUAUGGUACCGUCGCGGAGGCAAUCUCUGUGAACGCGUUCCAGGGCGUCGUUAAGAUCAACACCCUUUCGGCGUACCCUAUUCAGUACCAUCCCGAUGAGAAAGCUCUGAGAGCAUCUUUGACCGCGCGCGGUCGCAGGUGGCGGGAGCUGAACGGGUCACACCAUCUCCACUACAAAGCUGCAUAUCACGAUCUCAACCCAAUCUUGGGACCUUCGAUACAGAUCAUCUCGACGUUUAAGGUCAUCGAGCCCGCACUGCAAGAUGACGACCUCUUACUCGCCCCACCCAUUGUCUACGGGUUCGCUCUGUUGGAAAAGAAAUGGCUCGUGUUCAGCAUUGAUCGUCUCCAAUCCAUCACCUGGAACGAUGAGGUCUUCGCCAACCUCGUGCUCCCCGGCAGUCGCAAGGCACUUCUCCGCUCACUUGUGGAGGUCCACAUGGCCAGAAUAGGCCCCGACGACUUCGUCCCGGGGAAAGGUCAGGGACUGGUCAUCAACCUCUUCGGGCCUCCUGGCGUGGGCAAGACACUGUCGGCCGAGGCGACCAGUGAGCACAUCAGGUGCCCGUUGCUCGCUGUCAGCGCUGGUGACCUCGGCACAACCGCGCGUGAUCUCGACGUCAAGCUGCAGCGACUUUUUAAGAUGGCGUCGACCUGGAAGGCGGUGAUGUUGAUCGACGAGGCCGAUGUCUUCCUCGAAGAACGAUCGUUGAAUGAUCAAGAGCGGAAUGCUAUGGUCGCUGUCUUUUUGCGAAACAUCGAAUACUACACCGGCAUCCUCUUCCUGACCACUAACCGCGUCAAGACAUUUGAUCCCGCAUUCCUGUCUCGGAUUCACGUAGCCCUGAACUUCAAAGGGCUGUCGAAGUCCGCCAAAGUUCAGAUUUGGCGGUCGUUCCUUCUCAAGGCUGGUGCAGAGCCUGUUGAUGACCGGCUGGAGGAGCUUGCUGAGCGCGACAUCAACGGCCGUCAGAUCAAGAACGCAGUUCGGACAGCACACUCGUUAGCUGUGAGUCGUGGGGAGAAGCUGAGCUCGGUUCAUUUGGCCGAGACCCUGGACGCAAUGGAGGAAUUCGCGAUGGAGUUUGCCAGUGCUUGA